CUACACCCUCCAGAUCAACCUCUUGGCCCGGGCAUUUCUAAUAGCUGAUGAAGGAGUUUUCACUCAGUUUGCUGCUUCGGGCGGAGAGGCGAUGAAUGAGAUCCUGAGGAGAUCUGUGGCCUCAUUGACCUACAGCUCCCUCUGUAUGCCGGAAGACAUCACUGCACGAGGUCUGGAGUCAGUCCCCAACAACUACUACAGGGAUGAUGGACUCAAGCUGUGGGACAUCAUCCACAGGUUUGUAGAGGAAGUGAUUAGUUUCUAUUACAAGAGUGACUCAGAGGUCCGGGAAGAUCAGGAACUACAGAACUGGAUCAAGGAUGUCUUUGACCAUGGCUUCCUGGCCCAAGAAUGCACAGGAAUCCCUCAGUCUUUCUCCACUGUGCCAGAGGUCGUCAAGUUCGUCACCGUGGUGAUCUUCACCUGCUCAGGCCAACAUUCUGCUGUCAACUCUGGACAGUAUGACUAUGGUGGCUGGAUGCCCAACACCCCCAUCUCCCUGCAACGGCCACCUCCCACCACUAAGGGGCAGUCUACUGAGAGCACCAUGCUGGAGACCUUGCCAGAUGUCGGCACAACUGCACAGGGCAUGUCCACUAUGUGGCUCCUUAGCAAGCAAUCCACUGACUUUUUGGCUCUUGGCCAGUACCCAGAGGAGCACUUCAACGAGAUACCACCCUGCACGAUGAUUCAGAAAUUCCAGACGGAGCUGAAGGUCUUCAGCGAGACCGUCAAUGCCAGGAACUCUGGACUACCAGUUCCAUACACCUACAUGGACCCUGCUUUGGUGGAGAACAGCGUGGCCAUUUAGAUAAGCCAAAGUCCUUGACCAGGGUCCAGUUCAUUAGGCACUAAUUGGAAGAAAACUGAGGAACUACCUUAUUUUUGUUGUCCUUUGUUUAGCGCUUAAAAACAUUUCGCAUUGUGUGCCCUGAUGAACACGACCCAAUGAUUCUGGAGGCAUGCAAUUGUAAACAUUCUAAAAUCUACAAAAUGUAUUGAGUAUGUCAAUUUUUGGAGCUCUGCUAAACUAAUGUCCCACUUCAAUCAGAUAAAGGGAAAUUGCACUAUGGGUUCAGUCAGAAUGUUAUCGCUGUAUCAAGAGUGUUAACUGUGUUAAACCAACACACACCGCCACAUGGUGUCCCUCACAGACAAAGGACUUGUUAAUGUUAUUAUUACAUUUGUUCGUGUUAAUGGAUGUUAAGAAAUACAGGGUCUUUCUGACGGAUUCAUUUCUGGUGCCAUUUAACUACGGACUACAGGGACUCCUGGUGAAAAUGAGCUCUCCUGCUAAAUUAUGUGACACUGAAAUGUUGAUUAAUAGUAAAGAAGUGUCAGAAUAAUAUGAGAGAACAAUAGGUGUGACUCUCAUUUACAAUUAAAAGCUAAUCAUUUUCUAUC